CCUUCUUAAAAACAUGGCUGCCCCCAUGGCUGUCAGAAGAGAAUUGUUUUCUCUUACAAGGAUACUUGGAGGAAUCUCACAUUCGGGACCGAGAGCGUUGGGGGCCUGUUCAGGUCACAGGAAAUGUAAUAUAAUCAGGUCCCAUCUCCCAUUGGCAUCCAGCACUUCCUUCCACACGGCAACAGUGUUUUCAUCAACUCCUUCAUCAAUCACUGUCACAGAAGAGCCCGACGCACUGUUUCAGACGGUGUCACUGUUGGUCAAAGGUCACGACAGAUCCGUGUUGGACAGCUAUGAGUUGUUUGCCUCCAUGGCAGCUAAAGAGCUGGGCAUCACCAUCAACAAAGUUCAUGAACUUCCCAAGGACAUGGAGAGAUUUACACUCUUGAAGUCAGUUCACAUCUUCAAAAACCACAGAGUCCAGUAUGAGAUGAGGACACACUACCGGUGCAUUGAGCUGUCUCAUAUAACAGGCUGCACAGCACAGGUAUUCCUUGAAUACGUACAGAGGAACCUCCCUGAAGGUGUGGCCAUGGAGGUGACAAAGACCGCCAUGGAGAAGGUUCCAGAUCACAUCCUUGAACCCAUGUGGGAGGACCACCCCAUUGAUGACAAGCUCAGCCAGUGAUGACAAGCAAUGGAUGCUUAUUGGAUGUGUUUUCUCCAGAACAUUUUCAUCAACACAGACUUGAACACGACACAAAAAGAGCCAGCUAUAGAACUUGCAGUCAUCAAUAUCAACAUGUAACUGUCACUUACUGGUAGUGGCAUGUUUUGUCUUUUGCUGUGGCAAAAAAGUAUGGAAUCCAUUGUAUGUUCUGUUUCUUUUCUUCAAUAUAUAAAAUAAAUUCUGCAUCUAAUAACUUUAACUCACGUUUUUGUGCAGUUCUUCAAUGGGAGUUAUGAUUUUAAUAAUACUUCUACAUUAAUAUUACAAUGUUUUUGUUUAACUGUCUGCAGAGGUAUUGGAUUAUUUGUUAUUCUGUAGGACACAAGACCCGAACACAAGACAUUUAUUUUUUGCAUUUAUUGAAUUAUUAGUAUACAAAAAUCUUUGAGACAAAGCAGAAAAGAAACUCAUUUAAUU